AUGCGGCCGGCCAAGGAGAACUCCCCCUGCAUCGUCUUCAUCGACGAGCUCGACGCCAUCGGCCGACAGCGCGGCGCUGGCAUGGGGGGCGGCAAUGACGAGCGCGAGCAGACCUUGAACCAGAUCCUCACUGAGAUGGAUGGCUUUGAAGGCAACAGCGGCGUCAUUGUAGUUGCUGCCACCAAUCGUGCGGACAUCUUGGACCAGGCCUUGCUGCGGCCGGGUCGUUUCGACCGCCGGGUCACCGUGGGUCUGCCAGAUGUGCAGGGCCGGGAGCAGAUCCUGAAUGUGCAUGUGAAGAACAAGAAGCUGGCAGAAGAGGUGACGCUUCUGGAUAUCGCCAAGCGCACAGCUGGCUUCAGCGGAGCAGAUCUCGAGAAUCUCAUGAACGAGUCGGCCAUCCUGGCGGCGAGGCGCAACAAGACUGGCAUCACCAUGCAGGAGAUCAACGACGCAACUGACCGAGUCAUCGCUGGCCUCGAGGGUCGGGCUAUGCCCGACAGCGCCUCCAAGAAGCUGGUGGCCUAUCACGAGGCAGGCCAUGCUCUGGUGGGCACGCUGCUGCCAUACCAUGACCCGGUGAACAAGGUGACGCUGAUCCCCCGUGGCCAGGCCAAAGGCCUCACCUGGUUCACCCCUGGGGAGGACCAGAGCCUCAUUUCAGCGGCCAUGCUGAAGGCGCGCAUCGCGGGCGCUUUGGGGGGCCGCGCAGCAGAGCAGCUGGUCUUUGGCACCGACCAGGUCACCACCGGGGCCAGCGGGGACCUCCAGCAGGUGGAACGCAUGGCCCGGGCCAUGGUCACACAGUUCGGCAUGUCCCAGGUGGGCUCCAUCGCCAUCGACGAGGGGGGCAUGAUGGGCCCGAGCUACUCCGAGGCGUUGAGCAGCGAGAUCGACGGGGCGGUGAAGGCCAUUUCGGAUGAGCCGCUUGGACUGGGGGAAACCGGAAAGUAA